CCCUCCAACGGUAGUAUUUAACUGAAAACCCAUCAUUCUCGCUCUCUCUCUCAUUCACCGAAAAACUGAUAUUUGGAGCAACGAAACCAAACUCCUUAGAAGAGGAAGAAGAAGGUCCGCAUUUUCCAUCUCCGAAAUCUCUCAGACUAAGGGAGAGAGAAGGAGACAGAGAGAGAGAUGGCGUACAGAACCGACGACGAUUACGAUUAUCUUUUUAAGGUGGUAUUGAUAGGCGAUUCGGGCGUCGGGAAAUCUAAUCUCCUCUCACGAUUCACCAGGAACGAGUUCAGCCUCGAAUCAAAAUCAACGAUCGGCGUUGAAUUUGCCACCCGCAGCAUCCGAGUCGAUGACAAGGUCGUCAAGGCCCAGAUUUGGGACACCGCUGGCCAAGAAAGAUACCGUGCAAUUACAAGUGCAUACUAUCGAGGAGCUGUGGGUGCUCUGCUAGUCUAUGACGUAACCCGCCAUGUCACCUUUGAGAAUGUAGAGAGAUGGUUGAAGGAGCUUAGAGACCACACAGACUCCAACAUUGUCAUCAUGCUUGUGGGGAACAAGGCAGAUCUGCGCCAUCUACGAGCCGUUUCCAUCGAGGAUGCAAAAGGCUUUGCUGAGAGAGAAAACACCUUCUUUAUGGAGACGUCUGCCCUUGAAUCUAUGAAUGUGGAGAACGCCUUCACAGAAGUCCUCACCCAGAUCUACCGUGUUGUCAGCAGGAAAGCUCUUGAUGUUGGGGAUGAUCCAACAACCUUGCCCAAGGGACAGACUAUCAAUGUUGGCUCCAGGGAUGAUGUAUCAGCCGUGAAGAAAGUCGGUUGUUGCUCUUCUUAGUGUAUGCAGAAGGGAAUGAGCAUUGCAAGGUGACAUUACGAUGUCUGCUUCUGCCCUAUGGAAUUCCCUAUUUCAUGCGGAUUUUGGCCCAUUCAUACCAAUGUUUGGCGUGACACACAUUGAGUGUUUCUCUCACACAAAAAUCAACUGUAAUCCCAUGCAUCAAGAUUUCUAAAUGUCUUAUGGUUUCCGAAGAUUGGAAUCUAAAUUGCAGUGAUGUUUGUCAUUCUCUUUUGCAUUUGAUGCAAACAUACCGUUGUGUUACUUAAUGUCGAUUCUUUGAAUCAACGUAUUUAUUGCUUCAAAUCUUACUACAACAUCCUUUUAUGUUUGCUUUCUUUGGAUUACCUUGUAUUUGGACAUUUUUCUCAUGUAUCUGAUUUAAUGAACUUGGUUCUUUUAUCA